UUCAGGAAAGUGGAAGGCUAAUACCGUGCAUGUGUGUCUUUUCGGAUCCCGUUUUGAACAAAAAUACAUAAAUUUUAUUUAUUUUUUUUUUGUUGUACAUUCAAAUAAACCACGAUAUCCCACCGAAAUUGACUAAUAAUAAAACCUAGUUUUAACAGUUGUUGGUUUAACACCCAAAUGGCUUGCUUGAAUACACUCAAGCAGGAGAUAAAAACUCUUGAGUCUGUCUUCCCAAAGAGCCAUGAGAGAUUUCAGAUAAUGUCUGCUAGUGUCGACGAGCUUAGUUGUAGAUUCGUCGGUAAAAAUGGAAUGAAAUACGAAAUACAUGCAAAUAUCACAGAGACGUAUCCAUCAACACCACCCGUAUGGUUUGCUGAAUCCGAAGAGACCAGUGUGACAAAUGCUGUACAAAUAUUGAGCAAUACAACGGGUCGUGACAACCAUGUUAUUAAUCAAGUAGGGAUAUUGUUAAAAGAGUUGUGCCGGCUUCACUCAUUGCCAGAGCCACCGGACGUUGAGAGACUGAGAACAGCCCUGGACCCACUGCGUCUGGGAGGGACUAAUGACGUUGUUGCGCAGGGAAUGGAAGCCGAAGAUACUGAGGAGAUUGAGGAGGAUGAGGACAGUGAGUCAGAGGAGGAUUUACAUUUGGAUAUGGAUGAGGGAGAGGCUAAUGCGAAGAGUAAGGCUGAUGAUAUGGAUCUGGAACACCUAGCGACAUUAGAAAGGCUGAGACAAAAUCAGAGACAAGAUUACUUGAGAGGCUCUGUAUCAGGUAGUGUUCAAGCAACUGAUAGACUUAUGAAGGAACUGCGGGAUAUAUACAGGAGUGACAGCUUCAAAAAAGGCAUGUACAGUAUAGAGCUGGUGAAUGAAAGUCUCUACGAGUGGAAUAUCAGGUUGAUGUGUGUAGACCCUGAUUCACCCUUGCACAAAGAUCUCGUUCUGUUGAAAGAGAAAGAGGGAAAGGAUAGUAUUCUCCUGAAUAUGAUGUUCAAGGAAACUUAUCCGUUCGAGCCACCGUUCGUACGUGUCGUUCACCCAAUAAUAUCCGGAGGCUAUGUUCUUGUGGGUGGUGCUAUCUGUAUGGAAUUACUCACUAAACAGGGCUGGAGUUCAGCGUACACUGUUGAAGCUGUUAUAAUGCAAAUUUCAGCGACAUUAGUUAAAGGAAAAGCCCGGAUACAGUUUCAGGGCGCUAGUGGAGCUGGCAAAGUGUGCGGGGGACAGGGACAGUACAGUCUGGCGCGUGCACAACAAUCCUUCAAAUCUCUAGUUCAAAUACACGAAAAGAAUGGAUGGUUUACGCCGCCAAAAGAGGACGGCUAAUGCUGCGAGAAAAAAAAUAUAUUAAAAAACCCAUCAACAAUUGAACGAGAAACAAGAGAAACAAUGCAACUUGUGAAGAUGAAUCUGAAUAUGACGCGUGCUUAUUAUUGAGACUUGGAAUAACGAUUAAACCAGAGGAAUGGCACUAUGCCCAAACAAAUAAUUACUACGAUAAUGAUUUGAUACACAAACACGAGAAACAUUAAUUAGAUAAAACUUAAGGAUAAACAAAAAAAAUUAUUGAUAACGCUUCAUUCGCCGUUCGUUAUUUUGUCAUCUUACUUUUUUACUUUCUGUUUUCAAUUGUUUACCCGAGUUUUUUUUUCGAAAAGAAAUAAACAGUGUUUGGUAUUCUGUGAGCAUAGAUUCCGAUGAUUGAUACUGGAUCGUUAGAAAAAAAUUCACUCAGUAUUUAUUUCUAUUCGCUAGGGACAUUAAGUCAAAAUUACUCAAUUGCUCUUCCUUUUCAUUUUGUUGAAUUUGUUGUGAAGAAUAAAAGGAAAAUAAUAACAAAAAGUACAACAACGAUGAGCGAUCUAGUUCAAAUAUUAAGGAUUGACGUCGAUAUCUUUGCCUACAAGUGUUUCAUUAUUAUUAUAUCCAUUCGUUUUGAUCAUUUCAAUUUUAUAUUAUGUUUAAGUAUUGGUAUUUCAAGGUAGAUGUUUCAUUUUUUUUCUCCCUGUGGAGGGAUUGAAUGAGAGAAGAUGAUGACUGAUAGAAAUGAUUUCAUACCCCUUUUUUUCAACGCUUGUGGAUUAUUUUGUGAGUGAAAGUGAGGAAGUUAAGAAUAUAUAUUUUACUCUGUCAAAUAAAUCUCGUCAAAUCUCCCCUCUUGAUCAGUUCUAAAGUCACUAAAGGAGAAUAAGUACUUUUUGGGAACUUAAGGGGAGACCCCGGUGAAAUUUGACAGCUGCAGGGGGUUGUCUAGCAUACAAAUGACUUUGGUACUCAUUUUUUGUACUCAAAAAAUGAGAAAAAAUCAAGUUUAAUUUUUUUCCCAAUGACGGUGUGUGACUGUACAGGUAUACUUUUAAAAUAGUCACCUUACCAGGAUUUUUGAUGGAUUGACCUGAAUUUUGGUUUCCACAAGUAAUAUAUUGAC